ACGCGCUGCUGCAUUGGCACCACCAGGUGUACCCCAGAGAAGUCUUGGGGCUGGUGGACAUGGUCGCCCUGGAGAACGGGGAGCUAGGGUCCCUUCUGUCGCCUGGCACCGUUCGGGGCUUGGAGGAUGAAUGUGUCACAGAUGUUAAGGCUCAGACCCGGGCAGCCCUGCUGCGAGCCCUGCAGGAAGACGAGGAGCACUGGGGGAGCCCCGAGGACCUGCCCAGCAGCCUGGCCCAGGACGUGUGUGAGCUGCUGGAGGAGCACACAGAGCGAGCGCCCCGCAUCAGCCAGGAGUUUGGGGAGCGGAUGGCCCACUGCUGCCUGGGGGGGCUGGCAGAGUUCCUGCAGAGCUUCCAGCAGCGAGUCGAGCGAUUCCAUGAGAACCCAGGAGUCCGGGAGCUGCCACCCGACACCUAUAUCAGCAGGACCAUCAUCCUGGUCAACUGUGGGCCCCCCCUGAGGGCUCUAGCAGAGCGCCUGGCCCGAGUGGGCCCCCCCGAAAGUGAGCCAGCCCGGGAAGCGGCAGCCAGCGCUCUGGACCGAGUGACCCGGCUCUGCCACCGUGUGCUGGCUGACCUCCUGUUCCAGGAGCUGCAGCCUUACUUCAACAAGCUGAUGCGCAGGAAGUGGCUGAGCAGCACUGAGGCCCUGGAUGGCAUCGUGGGCACGCUGGGAGCUCAGGCCCUGGCCCUGCGCAGGAUGCAGGAUGAGCCUUACCAGGUGCGCCUGCUGGGGGUGGGGCGCGGGAGAGGGGAGCAAGGGCGCUGUGCUGUGGGAGACCCCUCAAGGCGGGGAGCAGCUCUCUCGGGGCGAGCUAGGUGGCGCCCUGCGCCCUGGGCUCUGCGCCCUGCGGGGAGGCGAGCCCGCAGCCGCGUGGCCGGGAGGCUCCGGGAGGACGCGGCGCAGCUCCAGAGGCUGUUCCGGCGGCUGGAGUCCCAGGCCUCAUGGCUGGACGCCGUGGUGCCCCACUUGGCUGAAGUCCUGCAGCUGGAAGACACGCCCAGCAUCCAGGUGGAGGUGGGGGUGCUGGUUCGGGACUACCCAGACAUCAGGCGGAAGCACGUGGCUGCCCUCCUCGACAUCCGCGGCCUGCACAACACGGCAGCCCGCCAGGAGAUCCUGGCCGUGGCCCGGGACCUGGAACAAUCCGAGGGGGGAGCGCUGUCACCGCGCCGGGACCGCGCCUUCUUCGCAGACAUCCCCGUGCCCCGCCCACCCUUCUGCCUCGGCCUCCCGCUCUCCCUGGGCUGCCUCCCGGCCUCCCGGCUGGCCAGGCCCAGUCUGGCCAGUCUGGCCCGUCUGCCCAGGCUUCGGCCUGCGCCUCCAUCACGGCCCCGGGCCCAGCGCUGAGACUCCCAGCCCUCUGCCUCAGUGCCCCAUCUUUGCUGCUGACACACCGUCCCCCUGACUCCCUGCCUCGGACCACAGACCCCUGGGAUGGAGGUCUUCUCACCUCCAAACUCGCUGUACAGAGGAGAAUCAGGGAUCAGAGGGAGCAAGGACUUUCCCAAGGCCAGGAGACGUGCUCCCAGCACCAGCUCCCAGCCUGGUGCACACGGGUGGCGUUGGAAGGCUCUGCAGAAAUAUCCCAGCCCCCCUCCCCCCCCUCACCUCAAGGUCUGGCCCCAAUCCAAUGUAUUAAGGAAUGUACGAUACUUAGAAUAAAGAGGUUUCUAUUUAACGUGAGG